CCUGCUCCAGACAAGCUUCCGAGACCCAGGUAUCCUGCCCAGAGCCACCCCAAGUGAGGCCGCAGACCUGGAAAAGCGGAUCGACAGCAUGGGUACCUCUACCUAUCGCCCGCCGGCCCGCACGAUGGAAGUGGUCAUAAACAAGUAUGUGGUGAAACUCAAGUACUGCUACACCUGCAAAAUGUUCCGCCCUCCACGCACCUCUCACUGCAGCGUCUGCGACAACUGUGUCGAGAGGUUUGAUCACCACUGCCCCUGGGUGGGCAACUGCGUGGGGAAGCGCAACUAUCGCUACUUCUAUGCCUUCAUCCUCUCCCUCUCCUUCCUGACAGCCUUCAUCUUCGCUUGUGUCGUCACCCACCUCACUCUCCGCUCUCAGAGAGAUGGAUUCCUCACCACUCUGAAGACAACACCUGCAAGCGUGCUGGAGCUGGUGAUUUGUUUUUUCUCAGUCUGGUCUAUUUUGGGCCUCUCAGGUUUUCAUACUUACUUAGUCGCCUCCAACCUGACGACAAACGAAGAUAUCAAAGGGUCCUGGUCAAAUAAGAGGGGCUCGGAGUUUGCCAAUCCCUACAGCCAUAAAAGUAUCCUCACGAACUGCUGUGCGGUGCUGUGUGGACCAUUCCAUCCCAGUUUGAUAGACAGAAGAGGAUUUAUCCAGCCAGAUGUCGGGACCCCGUCCAGUCCUAAGAGCGAAAUCCCUUCCUUUGGAGCUAAAACUGACACCAGCAUGGAGGAUGCCUGCCAGGACUUUGCCAUUUCCUGCACAGCCUGACGGGAUUUGCCACCUCCUUGGACGUUAGCCCUGCUUUCUGAGGGUUAGCUGGUAAGAAAGUGCUUUAUUCUCCCUGUCAUCCACUUGAGCGACCCAUCUCAUUUCCACUGCAUGACCAGCUCUGUCCACGGAACCCAUCACCCUCCGGUUGUGUAGACAUCUGUGUGCCCUGUCCAUCCCACCAGUAUCCCACUGGCAUCCCACCGGCAUGAGGGGCAGUGAGCCCUGGGUUGUGCAGGGCUGUGUGGCCGAGGGGUUGCCCACAGCCUGGGUGAGAAGAGAAGGGAUGGUUUCCCCCAGCUUUGUGCUGGGGCUUGGUACAAGAUGGAGCUGCCUGGUCCCAGCGUGGCAGCACUUGGGAAGCGGCAUGGCUGAGGGUUGGCUCAGGUGCCGGGCAGAGGGUUCCUGAAGCCGUGAGCUUGCCGGAUGGCAUGCUGUGGCGGUGGGUGCUUGGAGCUGCCA